AUGAUUGGCUGGUGGGGAACCAUCGAGACCGUGGGCAGAUCGUGGAUGGUGAUUGGACGGGACGAGUGGAGGAGCCAGGAGUUUAUCAACCACAUUGACUCGCUGCUCCUCUCCCCUGCUCUUCUCCACGACCCGCAGCAAGCUGCUCCACUUGCGCUGCUCUUCAACUGGCUCGAAUCGUUAUGGUAG